UGCUUCCAAUGUUCUGGUGCAGUAGCGAAGUGACGAGAACCAUUGAUGAGAAACUGAUGUGAGGUCACAUAGAUUUAGUGUGAGUUAAUGAAAGGAAACAUUUUUCUCCCUUUGAACUUAUCUCUACAAAUUCAUUGUGAGUUUUCUUGAAAAUUGCCUCUUCACGAUGGCCUUUGAGGAGCUCCUGAAUGAAGUUGGUGGCCUGGGAAAAUUCCAGAUCAUUCAGAUGGUUCUCGUUCUUCCUCCGGUCAUGAUAGCAGCCUGUCACAUACUGCUGGAGAACUUCACUGCCGCCGUUCCUGGUCAUCGCUGCUGGGUCCCCAUCCUUGAUAAUGACACUGUCUCUGAUAAUGACACUGGGGUCCUCAGCCCUGAUGUCCUCCUGAGAAUCUUCAUCCCGUUGGAUUCUAACUUGAAACCAGAGAAAUGUCAUCGCUUCCUCCUCCCCCAGUGGCAGCUCCUUCAACUGAACGGGACCUUCCCCAACAUGACUGACCUGGACACGGAGCCCUGUGUGGAUGGCUGGGUGUAUGACCGAAGCUCCUUCUCCUCCACCAUCGUGACUGAGUGGGACCUUGUAUGUGAUUAUCAGUCACAGAAACCAGUGGUUCAAUCCUUAUUCAUGGCUGGAAUGCUGGUGGGGGGCCUCAUAUACGGCCAUCUCUCAGACAGGUUUGGGAGAAAGUUGAUUCUCAGGUGGUGUUUGCUCCAGCUCGCCAUCUCUGGGACCUGUGCAGCCUUUGCUCCCACCUUCCUGAUUUACUGCUCACUACGCUUCUGGUCAGGAUGUUCUGCUGUGGUCAUUAUAACAAAUAACUGGAUGCUCAUUGUAGAGUGGACAAGGUCCCAAUCAAAAGCCAUGGUAAUAACACUGAUAACCUGUGCCAUUAGUAUUGGACAGAUAAUGCUGGGAGGACUGGCUUUUGUCUUUCGAGACUGGCAUACCCUGCAGCUGGUGGUGUCUAUACCAUUCUUUGUCUUCUUUUUCUCCUCAAGGUGGCUGGUGGAAUCUGCUCGGUGGCUGAUUAUCACCAAUAACCCAGAUAAGGGCUUAAAGGAACUUAAAAAAGUAGCACAUAGAAAUGGAAUAAAGAAUGCUGAAGCAGCCCUGAACAUGGAGGGUUUCAAAGCGACCAUGCAGGAGGAGCUGGAGGCCGCACAGACCAAAACUACUGUAUUUGACUUGUUCCGCACACCCAACCUGCGUAAGAGGAUCUGUCUCCUGCUCUUCGUGAGCCCCAAGGACUCUGAUAUGAACUUUAAAUUUCCCAGAACUGUGUUUGAAACCAGGACACUAUGCGUCCAGUCAAGGGGACACAGAUUUGCAAGCACAAUACCCUUUUUUGGCAUCUUUAUCAAUUUACAGCACUUUGGGAGCAAUAUUUUCCUGUUCCAGGUAAUCUUUGGAGCUCUCACUGCCUUAGCCCGAUGUCUUGCACUUCUAGUAUUGAAUUAUAUGGGCCGUCGACCAACCCAGAUGCUUUUCAUGUUCCUGGUGGGACUUUCCAUUUUGACCAACACGUUUGUGCCCCAAGAAAUGCAGACCCUGCGUGUGACUUUGGCAAGUGUGGGAAUCAGCUGUGUUGCCGCUUCUAUCACCAGUUAUUCUGUCCACUGUAAUGAACUCAUCCCCACUCUCCUCAGGGCAAAAGCUUUGGGAUUAGAUGUAAUGGCUAGUAGGUGUGGGUCAGCUCUGGCUCCCCUCUUGAUGACCCUGGUGGUGUAUCUACCCACUCUGCCCUGGAUCAUCUAUGGAGUAUGUCCCAUUAUUGCUAGUCUUGUUGUCCCUUUCCAACCUGAAACCAGAAAUCUGCCUCUGCUUGACACCAUCCAGGAUGUGGAAAAUAACAAAAAGUUCUCAAGAGAAGCAAAUGAAAAAGAUUUCUACAUUAAAGUGACAAAAUUUUAAGUGGAUUUCAUGAGGUGACUGGUGAGGAAAAUAAAAAUAUGAAGAAAAAAAUGGGAGUUUUCCUUUAUCUUUACAUACUAGCAAGAAAAUAU